AUGAAUGUCAGUUCACGAUGUUCUGGCUUGUUUGUCGAUAUCAAUGAUACUCUUUAUUGUUCAAUAUUUGAUCGUCAUCAAGUAGUGAAAAGAUCAUUAAGUAAUUCUGUUAUGACUUCAAAUAGUGUUGCUGCUGGAACAGGUACUGGAGGAUCAAACUCGAGUCAACUUAAUGGUCCUCGUGGGAUAUUUGUUGAUGUGAAUUUAGAUUUAUAUGUUGCAGAUUGUUUAAAUGAUCGAGUUCAGAUGUUUCAGUCAGGAAAAUCAAAUGCAGUUACUGCAGCUGGAAGUAAAUCACGAUAUCCAACUAUUGCACUUGAUUGUCCAACUGGAGUUAUAUUAGAUACUGACAAGUCCUUAUUCAUUGUGGAUCGAGACCAUCAUCGUAUCAUUGGCUCAAGCUUAAAUGGCUUUCGUUGUUUAAUUGGAUGUUAUGGAACAGGUUUACCAUUCCAUGAAAUGUAUAAUCCAUUUAGUUUUAGUUUCAGUUUCGAUCGUUAUGGAAACAUAUUUGUUACUGAUCUAAAAAAUUCUCGAAUUCAAAAAUUUGAAUAUAUCGAAGAAUCAUGUGGUAAGUUUAAAAUGGUCGAAUAA